AUGCGUCAGGGAACUGUUACUCCGCCACACAUAGAAAUCGGUAAUUAUCCGCUACUCAAUAGCCCGACGUGUGGUUUACGUAAAGUGAAUGGAGAAACACAAUCACGAAUAGUGGCCGGAGAUAUGGCAACAGUGGGUGAGUUCCCGUGGAUGGCAUCCAUUCAAUACGUGGGAAACAACGGCUCUCAACCCCCGGCUUUUAUAUGCGGCGGAGCUCUGAUCGCCGAUCAAUGGGUUAUAACCACUAAACACGGUUUUAUAGAAAAUCGUCCGCCGAUUACUCACGCCCACCAAUUUGUUGUGUAUUUGGGAGCCUUUCAUAUCAAUGGAAGCACUCAAGAGAUGAAGGAAACGGCAACCGAUUUCUAUUUAUACCCCGACUAUGAUUUGGCUUUGAUUCGUCUGUCCAGACAUGUGGUGCCAGUCGUCCGAUCGGGAGAUUAUUUGGUGAAUAGUGUUUGUGUGCCGAAAGAAAAGCUACUAAACUCUGUGCCAGAGUUUGUGUGGAUCUCGGGUUUUGGUUAUAUUGACACUGAGGGACGGGGUGAUUCGGGUUCACCUGUGGUUCAAUUUGUGUCCGGAAAAGCUGUGUUAGUCGGUGUACACGCGGGUGGAAGAGCAGAUGCCCUAGAUCAUAAGUGCGCUAGCGGCAUUUUUUUUGGGCACCGCAUCUCAUUCUUCAUCGAUUGGCUCAAACACUUCAUUGAACCACAAAUGGCUGCGAGUAUUGACAACAUUCAGCCCAAGAAGAGUAAUGGCUCUCAAAAUUUC